GAGUGGGCCUUCGUGCUGUACACUGUGCCGGGGGCCCCAGUAUACCACCAGCGCCGGGUAGUGGGCUGCCGGCGCGGGGCGUGCUCGGCGACUGAGCUGGGGCGAGUCCUGAUAGCGACGCCUGACCUUGACGUGUACGAGGAGGACUACCGAGCAGGAUCGAUGGGCGCGGACAUCGCGCGCGUGGUGUUCAGUCCAACGAGGUGGCCGCCACCGGCGACAGUGCCGCGCGCACAAGUGUACAGGUUCAGAGACGAGCCCACAGGCCAGGAGUAUGCAGCGAUGCGGGGGGCCGCCCGCGCCGAGGCCGAGAGGCUGUGGGUUGCAGACGACAGAGCGGCUGGCGGCCCAGGGGCCCCGAUCCCUGACAACGAAUUCGUGCCGUUCGAGUCGAUCGCCGGCGUGAUGGCUGGUGCGGGCGGGGCUGCCGGGCCAGGGGCCGCGGCUGCGGGUGCGGCACCUGCUGGGGCGGUGGUGCCCCUUGCGGCCUGGCCCGCCGCGCCGGCGCCGAUCGCGGGCGGGCCCGCGCCGGGCCUUGCGCUGGCGCCGGCUCCGCCUGCGGCAGCGGCACCCGCAGCGCCAGUCGCCGUGGGGGCCCUCGCCGCCGGCGCGGCUGCGGCCGCGGGCGCGGCGCCCCAGGGGCGGCCGCCGGCCAUCCCAGACGGCCUGCCGAUCGUCGUCCCGGCGAACGGCAUGGCCCCCCAUGGGUUGGAGCUGGUGGCCCUGCUGCCCAGCGGGCACUCGGUCUUCGUCGCCCUCGUGGCGGACACGGAGAUCGAGCACCUCAAGCGGGAGUUCAGGGGUUCAGAUGCGCGGACGCUGCCCGUGGUGAGGACCGCGAUCGGCCGAGAGCGAUCGUGGGCCUCGGUCGUCACCGACUGCCGCGAGGAGGAGGUCCAAGACUUCGGCGUGAAGGCCCCGAGGUCGGUGAAGUGGUGCGCGGCCUACCAGCAGCGAGACGGAGGGCCGGUGCUCCACUCAGAGAUGUGGAGGAGCAGGCGCCGUCUUCAGGACAGCGACUUCGGGGUGGCCGAGCACGAGACGUUGAGCAAGGUGGUCGAGCUGCUCGGUACGACCGACCAGGUGGACAUCUACAACCUGGCUGGGGUGGAGGUCGCGUACCGCAAGCCCCAGCUGAUCGAGUACUACUGGGACGAGCGGCGUCAGGAGCCGCAUCAGGCCAACUCCAAGCUGCCGCUGGACGAGGUGCAGGCCUUCAUGGGAGUGGGCCGGGCCGCCAGCAUGGUGCGCCCAGAAGUGCUGGAUCAGGUGGCGAAGGAGUUGGAGAGGAUCGCAGGCAUCAAGAAGAACGCGAGGAAGUUGCGGGAGGAGCAGGCCGCCCUGGCCAAGAAG